GUUGUCGGUGUCACAGUAAUCCCCACCAUGGUGCAGAAGUACCAGUCACCCGUGCGCGUGUACAAGUAUCCCUUUGAGCUGGUGAUGGCGGCUUAUGAGCGCCGGUUCCCCACCUGUCACCUGAUCCCCAUGUUUGUGGCGAGUGACGUGGUGGAAGAGGAGACCAAUGAGGACGGCUCCAACACCCGAGUACAGCGCCGCUGUGCCCUGGAUGUUGACGCCCCACGCCUGCUCAAAAGGAUUGCAGGUGUGGACUAUGUGUACUUCAUUCAGAAUAACACGCUCAACCGCAAGGAGAGGACACUUCACAUCGAGUCCCAUAAUGAUACCUUCUCCAACAGGGUCAUCAUCCAUGAGACCUGCUGCUAUUCGGUUCAUCCGGAGAAUGAUGCCUGGACGUGUUUCGAGCAGACUGCCAGCCUGGACAUCAAGUCGUUCUUUGGCUUUGAGAGCACCGUGGAAAAGAUUGCUAUGAAACAGUAUGCCAGCAGUAUCAAAAAGGGAAAAGAAAUCAUCGAGUUCUACCUGAAGGAGCUCGAAGAUGAAGGGAUCACCCAGGUGCCACGCUGGACUCCCUCCUCCCUCCCCCUGCCUGUCUCUAGACCCACCAGCCUCUUCACCAGCUUACCUGUCCCCCCGAAACCCGCCAUCACACUCCCCAUUUCUACGCUGCCCGUCGACGCUAAGGACAGCAACUCUCAGGACGACAAGCAGGACAGCAGCACACUUCAGGCCGACGUCCUGACAGAGAUCCUGACGGGAACACCUGAAGAUAAGUUGGAUGCGGACUAUAUCAAACGCUACCUAGGCGACCUGACCCCCCUGCAGGAGAGCUGUCUGAUCAGACUUCGCAAAUGGCUGCAGGAGACGCACAAGGGAAAGAUCCCAAAGGACGAGCACAUACUGCGCUUCUUGCGUGCCAGGGACUUCAACAUGGACAAGGCACGGGAGUUCCUCUGCCAGUCGCUGACCUGGAGAAAGCAGCACCAGGUGGACUACCUGCUGGAGACCUGGACCUCACCACAGGUCCUCCAGGACUACUACACUGGGGGCUGGCACCACCACGACAGAGAUGGUCGGCCUUUGUACAUCCUGAGGUUGGGUCAGAUGGACACCAAAGGACUGGUCCGUGCUCUUGGAGAGGAGUCUCUGCUCAGACACGUGCUUUCUAUUAAUGAGGAGGGCCUGAGGCGCUGCGAGGAGAACACAAAGGUGUUCGGUCGACCUAUCAGCUGCUGGACGUGUCUGGUGGAUCUGGAGGGGCUGAACAUGCGUCACCUAUGGCGGCCGGGGGUCAAGGCGCUGCUGAGGAUCAUCGAGGUGGUGGAGGCAAACUACCCUGAGACACUGGGACGGCUGCUCAUCCUGAGAGCGCCCAGGGUGUUCCCUGUCCUCUGGACCCUGGUGAGUCCAUUCAUUGAUGAGAACACCCGGAAGAAGUUCCUCAUCUACGCCGGCAAUGACUACCAGGGUCCUGGAGGGCUGGUGGACUACAUCGACAAGGAGAUCAUCCCUGACUUCCUGGCAGGAGAGUGCAUGUGUGAGGUACCAGAGGGCGGCCUGGUUCCUAAGUCCAUGUACCGCACAGCCGAGGAGCUGGAGACUGAAGAUGUCCGCCUGUGGACCGAGACCAUCUACCAAAGUGCCAGUGUCUUCAAGGGAGCGCCACAUGAGCUUCUGAUCGAGAUCAUCGACGCCUCUUCUGUCAUCACCUGGGACUUUGACAUGUGCAAAGGCGAUGUGGUUUUCAACAUUUACCACUCCAAGAGGGCCCCCGCUCCUCCUCGUAAAGACCCCCUGGGAGCACACGGCAUCACCUCCCCAGUGGGAAACAACGUCCAGCUCAUAGACAAGUCCUGGGUGCUGGGGCAGGACUUCAGCAUGGUGGAGUCCCCGCUCACCUGCAGGGAGGGGGAGAGUGUGCAGGGCUCCCAUAUUACGCGCUGGCCCGGUUUCUACAUCCUGCAGUGGAAGUUCCACAACAUGCCGGCCUGCUCCGCCACCAACCUGCCCCGAGUGGACGAUGUGCUGGCCACCCUGCAGGUCUCCUCGCACAAGUGCAAAGUCAUGUUCUACACUGAGGUGCUGGGCUCUGAGGACUUUAGAACGGCUUGCUACGAUGUGCAGAGUUUGGGCUCCAUGACCAGCCUGGAGUCGAGCCACAGCGGCUUCUCUCAGCUCAGCGCCGCCACUACAUCGUCCAGCCAAUCACAGUCCAGCUCUAUGAUCUCCAGGUAGAAGCCGAAGACUUCAAUCCCCCACAAUGCCCCUCUCCACUGCCCUUACCAACUCUCCUCCCUCCCUCCCUUCUUGUCUUUGGACUCCAUUGCACAGCCAGUCUCUUUGGAACUGAAGCAUGCUUGCACAAACAGAAGACAAAGAAUUAAAAAUAUAUAUACGAGGCAAAAAGAAAAAAAUCAAGGGCUGAUUUUUUUGCACAAAGGUAAUAUAUUUAGUUGUGCCUGGUAUCUGUACCAGGCAGCAGUUUGAAUUAUCAGAAUGUGUUGAAAUGUUAAAGGUCGGGAGAUAAAAGGCGGUGCGUUCGAGGCACCAGAAGCGUGAAGAAGCAAUAUUCUCGUCUGGAGGAGCGGCGGGGUCCAGAUGAGGACACCGGAGGCGCUGUUACAUAUAUGCAUUCACAUCGACACAUCUGCACGGCACAUUCCUCAUUCAAGUGCGUUCUCUGAAAAACUGUUACACUCAAACACUUCCACAGAUAAACACACAUGGACGUUUAAUGACAUGCAAAGAAAAGCGACAGUGUUUUGCCAUAUUCCCAGAGGGGUUUGUUGAAUUGUUUAUAGGUCAAAUGUGGGGGGGUUGGUGGAAAACUCUGAACUGGACUUGGGUCAAAGAUCACGUGCAAAUAAUUUGUUUUUCAAUUGUAAGGAGCUACGGAGCGGGUGGAGCUCACAACAGAGUGGUGCAGGGAUGACGUCCUUUUAUAGGCCGAAGAGCUCCCUCGACAGAAAGCAAUGGGAUUUUACGGAAUUUAGCAGAAAAUCUUUGGGAAACACACGUUUAUGAUACUUACAUUGACGUUGAUCAAGAUAUCUCGGCAUAUUAACACCACAUUUACACAUUUUGAAGUGUAAAUGAAAUCGCAGGAAGUGAAAAGCUAACGCUAGGCUAUAAACAAACUGGUCGCAUGGCUGCAAAUCAUCACAGCUUGUCUAAAGGCUUCACUUAUUCACUUGUUAACAACCACAGUUUUUAUUAUGCAUAGAACAUCAGAUAUUUAUUAGUGGGGUAUAUACUGAUAUAUUUUAAGUUAUAGAACAAACCUCUUUAAGUCACAUCUGAUCUUGUUUCGGGCAUCUAACCAAAAGCAUGACAACACUUUGAGAUAAGGGAAGUAGCAACUCCUUUACGGGUUUUAGGACUCAUUCCUGCACCACUUUAUGCAGAUAGUGUCAGCAAAGUUGCUAUAAUAUUCCGGUGUUUUCCUGCGGCUGCGCACUUCCUUUUUUUAUUGUCUCAUUGGAAAAACCCCACCCGCCCGUCUCACGAUGGCUUUAUCACACAUUGAAAAACAUUGAAUAUUUGACCCGGGUCGGACUCUUAAAUCCGCUAGAAGCAAUAACACAAGUUUGACUUUCUACUGUGUGAAAUAUUUCUAUUUAUCAUUGAGAUGUUCGUGGAGGAUCAUGGGUGCUGAUUGCAGAUUUCUGUUGUGAGUUGCGUACAGGAGGGCAAACUGAGCCACAAAGUCCGUGUCAGGAGAGAAACAAAAAUAAGUCGCCAGAUUUUCUCCUGGACACCUUUUUUUAUUUAGCUUUGAAUGACUUACAGUUUGUCUGCUUCCUGUCCUGCGUGUGAGAUUGGAGAUUAAUUGGUAAAGGUGAGGCCUUGCCUGAUUUGUGAAUGUGCUACUGACCGGCUAAGCGCUCCAGGGCAUUUGGAGGGUUGUGAUGCAAUCAGGCCACCAUCAUUCUCAACUCAAAUGUUUCAGAGUGGUGUAGAUUUCAGCGAGCAUUAGGGAUGAAUGUUGCUGUGUGAUUAUCAUUGAUACUGUACCUGUGCUAGUGUUGGGUGGAGUUGUAUUUUGAAGGUGAUGGGGUGAAGCAGUGUGCCGUGUUUACUGCAUGCUCCUGUGGUGAUCGGGUUUACAGAUUUAUAUUAUUUAAAAGAUUAAGACAUAGCCAUUUUAAGAGUCGUGUCAAUAAAUACCAUGUUAGCCUUUGUAAGCAUCAGUUAGAAAGUACCUGCUUUUUAUUUCAAGGUCACUACUGUAACCAAUCGAAUGAACAUUUCUAAAUGCAACACAUCCAUGCAACAGUUUUUAAUAUGUGCUUGAUUUGCAUUGUCGGACCCCCUGUGGAUGGUGGAGAUGAUCGCCAUUGCCAAGAGUCAUUCUCAUGCUGUUGCCAUGGUUAUCAAGUGCAGCUGACGGCAACAAAAAAAAGGAGACAGAAAAUACUAACCCUGUCUGUUGUUGUUUUUGAUAUAUGAAACUUAUUGUUUUUUUAAACUAUUACAGAAAGGUCAAGAGGUUAACUUGUGUAUGUCAUUAACUGCAAUAACGUGACAUGCUUUACAGAGGGAAAGGACCUCCUCAGAUUGUUGGGCUAUUUAAAGUGUGUAUGAUGGUGUUGAAGAAUAAAUGCUAGAAUGGAUAAAAAGAUAUGCCUGUAAAACGCUCCCUCUGCCUCUCCUGGCAGCUGUUUUUUCUCAAGUCUUUCUCUCUGAAGCAUGUCUGGAAUUCCUUCCCUAACUUUCCUUCCCCUGGUUAUUUCUUCAGGAGGCUCCAUAACAAUUCCUUCAAUGGUUCCUCUGAUGGUGAAUCAUUUUCAGACAAAACUACUCUUAUAGUUCUCUUUAUCUCUCUUUCUCUAUCAACUUCCGUCAUGUGUACACUUGCUUUCAAACGUUGUGUAUAUCUUACAAAGCAAAGUGGAUCUUUUUUGAAGCCAUAGGCAUAACGACGUGUACUCGGAUCAGGUGUUUUUGUGUUCCACAUACCUGAAAACUUCCUUCUUCUCUGAAUUUAGCACUUACACAUUUCAUCAACGUCACAUUGAUAGACGAGGGCUAUAACUGUUUGUCAUGUUUAUUAUCUGACUCUCUGCUUUGCAUAUCUUCUCUUUACCUUGAUGUGAGGAAUAAUGUUUAAAGUACAUGUUUGGAUAAAAAUGAGAAUAUGGCGACUUUACAUUUUUUUGAAAACAUUAAACUUGAAUUAUGAGAAAAUA